CAAGCAGCGACUAACCGAUAAGAUAAGAUAAUUGUUGAAAAGUUGUUUUUUUUUCCAAACAGUACAGAACCAGAUGAAAACGGAAAGAUCGGAUGGAAAUUUUGUAGAAAGUGUGACAUUUUUUUUUUGGAGGUUAUUUCAAAUACAAACCUAUUUUCAAAGUCACAAGAUGGAAUGGAUGCACUGAUGCAGUGGGGUCUAGAGUUGGCCCCGCCCCUCAGUGUGGGACUUCUUCUUUCUAAAAACCUCACUUAGUUUCACCCAGGCUUCUGGUUGAGGAUGAAGGACGUGAAAGCGCUGUCAAUUAUAAAUCCGUAGAGUAGAUCAUCUGAUCACAGCAUGGAAAAAUAAAAUCAGUUUUUUUUAGAUUAUACCGGUCAUGUAGUACCUGUGUUUUUGACUUCACACGCCGUUUACACACAUGUAUCCCGUCACACACCACCUCAUCGUCUCAUUGGUUCACCUCUGGGACAUUGUACAGUAGCUUAAUGAUUGCUUCUACAUAUCAAGUCACACACCUCUCGCCUUAUCUAGUGUUACGUAGGUCAAAGUUCAUUACCUUAUACAGUAGUCUUGCUCCACGGACCUGUUGUCAGGGUGAAAAACCAGGAGAAAAUAAAAUGAAAGGACUGAUGUUAAAAAAAAAAAAGCGGGUUAUGAAGGUCAAAGAGACCCUCACCUUUUAUUUUGAAACGUUCACGUUUGCAACCAGUGCUACAAAAUACUUUUAUUUCGACAGGACAAAUGUUUGUAUUUAAGAGAAAUUUAGUCAUUUUUCUAAAAAAAAAAAACAAACGAAAAAAAAACACUCUCUCUCUCACACCCAUCUUCAACAAAAUCAAAAUUAUAUUGUAGGACUUUGUGUUUUUUUAAAUGAACCUCUGAAGGUUCAAACUUCUGUAUCAAUGUGUCCAAAUAAAUAAACAAGAAACAACAGCUUUUAUGAGCAGGUAUGUUUUUGUAAGGAGUGGGGUUUUUGUUUGACGAUUCAAAUGAAUGUUUGAAUGAAACUUCAUCUAAGGUCAUUCUGUUUGUGGGGUUUUUUUUUUUUUUUUUUUUUUUUUUUUUUUUUUUAGCCUUUACCUUCCGUUAGUCUGUUGGGUAAAGUUCUUCUUGACACAGUUUUUUUUUUUUAAUUUUCAAUUAUUUAAGCUCAGAGACACUCAGAAAGAAAGUGCUGGUGCACUGAUGCCUCUGGUGGUCAGUCUGUGUAACUCUGCUAAAUCCAAACAGGGAACAGUGGCAGCGGGGGAACAACAGGUGUUGGUGUAAAGAGAAGUAAACCUGACGGUUUUGUAACCCAAGAGUUUCACGUAGGUUAUUGGGUCCUAAUGACCACAGUGUAGAACUUCCUGGUUGACUCACCAGUGUCAGCUGCUCGUCAGCAUUCGUCAUUCAUUAACCUAAUGCUCUAUUUCUCUUCUUCCAGGAAGCUGCCGUUUCAGAAGAGCAGAAGAUCACUGGAGUUGAAGCAUGUCUUCAUCUCAGACUAACAGAAUGGCAGGGGGAGUGAUCAUCACCCAGUUUCACCCCGCACCUAAUGAUCCCAUCGUUGCUGCUGGUGCUACAAUCCAACAGUAUCAGAAUAAGAUGAUCCAGAAGUUCAGCGCAGGUCGACCACAGGUGCUCGGGGUCAUUCAGAUCAUGGUGGGUCUGAUCGUUCUGCUGUUUGGAAUCGCUGCCACACCAGUGGCAGAUUCUGUUGGCGUUUUCAGUGGUAUCUUUGUCUGGGGAGCUGCCCUGUACAUCACAGCGGGAUCUCUGACUGUCGCUGCCGGGAAGCGGCUGAAUCGCUGUCUGGUCAAGGGUGCUCUGGGUGUCAGUGUUGUUGCUGCUCUCGCUGCCACCGCUGCCUUCAUUAUUCACACCAUGGACGCCGCACUUAUCUACCUGUGCUAUGGUUACCCUGGUUUUGGUCCCGUGGAGUAUUGCUACAUGUAUCAGUUGCGAAUGCAGGGUAUCUCAGGUGUGCUGGCAGUUUUCAAUCUGCUGGAGCUGAUUGUUGCCAUCACUGUAGCUGGGUAUGCCUGUAGCGCCACCUGUAACUGCAACAAUGUACCACCUGUAGUUGUGACUAUAUCUAAUGAGGUCGAGGUGAGAGGUCAAACUGCUGGACUUCAAUUUCAAAAGGAGUUCCAGAAUUGUCAGCCUGAACCUCCAUUGUACAGCACCGUGAUCAACCCCUGAAGCUCCUGACUGUCUUCGCGUCUGUCUUGGACCUGCGUCCAAUCGGACAACAGCACAAGUCUCCGUCGCCCGCAUUUCUGAUCAAAUGAUGUCUUGUGUGUUUGUCUGUAACCGGGCACAGACGUGAGACCUGAGGUAAAGAGAAGCAGGACGGAUGUGGACACAAGUUAGAAAUCUAAAGAAAAUCAAAAAAAAAAAAAAAACCCUUCACUUAUUUUAAGGAAAUUAAAAAAAUGGAAUGAUCUGUGAUCUGGAGUUGUGAGAAUCAAAGCCAAACCGUUGAAGACCGCGGGAGCUCACAACUUGCAUGACGAAAGGAUGAAAAGGUUCAUGUUUGUAAUUGCUGAUGCCGACAGUUCUUUUCUUUUUGCUGCUAAGCUAAUAAACAGUC